UGGAGAUUAGGUGCACAUUCUUUUUGCAUGGGGUUCAUCUUAAAUUACAUUAUGGCAACAUUUCAUAAAACCCAGGUUUCAAUUCUUAAUGGAAUUGUCAUGGGAGGUGGGGCUGCCGUUUCGAUGCAUGGUAGAUUUCGGGUUGCUACAGAGAACUCGGUCUUUGCAAUGCGGGAAACAGCUUUGGGACUCUUCCCAGAUCAAGGUGCCUCUUAUUAUUUGUCAAGACUCCCUGUCUUCUUUGGAGAAUAUGUUGGUCUUACGGGCACUAGGUUAGAUGGUGCUGAAAUGCUUGCAUGUGGCCUUGCAACUCACUUUGUCCCCUCGGCGCUAGUAAUGGUGGCAAGUGUUAUCUCUAAUGGCUCUUGCAAAGUCCCACAAACCCUGCCCAUCCUUUUAGAGUCUCAAGCUGAACCUAAUUUUCAAAGAAAACCUCCUCAAACACAUUUUAUAUGCGUAGAACCUGAAAUUAAAAGGACAAAGGGAACUGAAUUGGAUGUCAUUGAUAGGUGCUUCUCUCGAAGAACAGUUGAAGAAAUUUUAUCUGCCCUUGAGAGAGAGGCCUUGAAUUCAAAUGAUGAUUGGAUCUCUGCGACAAUUCAGUCACUGAAGGGGGCAUCUCCAAUGAGCCUCAAAAUUUCUCUGAGAUCAAUCAGACAAGGAAGGCUCCAAGGUGUUGGUCAAUGCCUUGUCCGUGAGUAUAGAAUGAUUUGUCAUGUCAUGCGAGGAAAAGUCAGCAAGGAUUUCUUUGAGGUUUUCAGCUUACUCAAAACAUUUUUCUUCUCCUAAUUUCUUCCUUUGUGGAUGAUUUUAAGACCUCG